UUCAGAAACGAGCCGAACCGAGCAGACGGGACCGCGGAGGUUCGGGCUGCAUGUCCCGGUGCUGGUGCUGUCUCUAUCCGGGUCACAGCCGCUCUGAGGCGCGUUCGAGCCGAGCUCCGUGUCCGGGGUUCCCCUCACAAAGAGCCGAGCACGAUGAUGCAACACCGGGCAACACUGUUUCACCCGGAGCGCUUUCCGCUGCGCACAGCUGACCCGCUGCAUGGCAACGCCUCAGCCAAUCACAGCGCGGCUGCUUAAUGAGCCCAGAGCAACAACAGCCCGAGCAAUUAGCGCGUCACGGCCGCUGCCAUGGAAACCGAGGGGGGGGCAGGUGGAGGUGAUGGAUGGAUUGAGGUAGGUUUUGGACUUCCUGUUUCCAUCUCGCCGCCUGAGGAGACUCAGAACCAGAACCAGCAGGCAGCGGAUCCAAAUGAGCCGGCCGUCGCAGGCGAAACUCACCACAGCUGACCACAACGGCGUGAGCGUCAUCCAGAGCCAGGCCCACGCCGCGCCCCCCCUGCCGGCCGUCGCCGGACUGCAGCAGGUCCCGCAGCUCGUCCCCGCCAACCCGUCAGCCGGCGGCGGCAAAGCGCUCGCCUCCAGCAAGAUGAAGAAGCCUCAGGCCGACAAGGACAGCGAGGAGUACCGGCAACGCCGCGAGCGCAACAACCUGGCGGUGAAGAAGAGCCGCAUGCGCAGCAAGCAGAAGGCGAUGGACACGCAGCAGCGCGUCAACGAGCUGAAGGAGGAGAACGAGCGGCUGGAGGCCAAGAUCAAGCUGCUGAGCAAAGAACUGAGCGUGCUCAAAGACCUGUUCCUCGAGCACGCACACAACCUCGCCGACAACGUCCAGCCGCCUGCCGGCGCCGACGGAGCGAGCCCCGCCCCCAACAACGCCUCGGCCAAUGGGCAGUGAGUGGGGGGCGGUGCCACUGGGACGUUUGAUUCGCUCACAGCUACGCAGCUUCAAAACAACUUCAUGGCUUCAGUUUACUCCUUCAGCUCUCAUCACACACACACACAGUAACACACACACACACAGACA